AUGAAACGUCAUAACACUAGUUUAAAAACAACAAAUGAAUCAAAUCUUAUUUCAUUACAAGGUUAUAUAAUUCGACUUACGAACCUAACAAAAAAUGAAAAUAAUUCAAACUUUCAUUACAAAUUAACCAUGGAGGGACCUAAUGCUAGUAUCAUAAGUAUUUUAAGAUAUUUAUUACCAAAUGGUACAUGUCAAUUACAUCCACUCUUAACAGCUCAUAAUAUUACUCAACAAGGAAUUGAAUUAUCAUGUUUAAAAUCUAUUGGACAAUCUUAUAUGAUUACAAAUGAUACACAUGUAAUUGAAAAAAAUUUACCAUACGAACCACAAUGGUGCAUCAGUCAAAACAUAUUAAACUUAAAAUCAUUAGCUGAAGAAAGAAUAUGCGCACUCGAAUGUAAAGUAAUUCAAAUUGGUGAACCUCAAACAUAUGUAAUUACAUCAGGUUACAAACGAACACAAAAAUUAAGAAAAGAAGCAAUAGUUGCAGAUCAAACUUCAACAAUUUUAUUAAAUAUUCAUGAUAUACACUUUAGUUCAAUUGAACUUGGUCAAUCGUACAAAAUCAGUGCAGUCAAAACAAGAUUAUUCAAAGAUGUCAUUUCUUUAUCUACCAUUACUGAAACGACAUUUGAAACCAUACCCGAAUUAUCUAAUGUAUCAUUCGAUUAUUCAACAUUACUUGCCUCAUAUAAAAAAAUUGAUGGUCAUCUUAAUCAGUUAGAAGUAGAUAGUUGCGAUACUAGCAAUAACACAUUGAUACAUUCCUAUAAAGCAACAAUACAAAUAUCACCUACCGAAGAAUACUUGUUAAUUCUAUCACGUAAUCUUCUUCUUCAAACUCUCAAUGUACAAACUGACGGCUUCGAUAUUAAUGAAACUAAAUUAUUUGAUUUGGUAAAAAAGCAAAAAUUUAUUUCUUCUCGUGUACAAUGCACAUUUGAUAUGAAUACUGGAAUUAUAAAUCAAAUUGAACGUAAAUACUUUAAAAUUACAAAUAGUAAGAAAAUUUGUCACUUAGUCUUUUUAUUUCAUAUAACUACUAGCCUAUUUUAA